UAUGUCAUUUCCGGCUUAGCACCAACGAAGAAACGAGCGGAGAACCACACGGCCCUUCCUUCCACCAGUGUUAUAAGAAUUUGUGAAAAAUGUCGCUGAUCUCCGCUCGUUUGGCCUCUUCGGUGGCCAGGCGUAUCCCAAAUGCCGCGACACAGGUCUCGAAGGUCGCCGUCCCCGCCGUGUCCGUGGCGGCGCGCAAGCUCCAUGUCUCGUGCACGCAGCGGGCUGCCGAAAUCUCCACCAUCCUGGAGGAGAGAAUCCUCGGUGCUGCACCUAAGGCCGAUUUGGAAGAGACUGGCCGUGUGCUGAGCAUCGGUGACGGUAUCGCCCGUGUGUAUGGCCUCAAGAACAUCCAGGCCGAGGAGAUGGUGGAAUUCUCCUCUGGUCUUAAGGGUAUGGCCCUCAACUUGGAGCCCGACAACGUGGGCGUCGUCGUGUUCGGUAACGACAAGCUGAUCAAGGAGGGCGACAUCGUGAAGCGUACCGGCGCCAUCGUGGACGUGCCCGUGGGCGAGCAGCUGCUCGGCCGCGUCGUGGACGCGCUCGGCAACGCCAUCGACGGCAAGGGCGCCAUCGACACCAAGAACCGCCAGCGUGUCGGCAUCAAGGCCCCGGGCAUCAUCCCCCGUGUGUCUGUGCGCGAGCCUAUGCAGACUGGCAUCAAGGCCGUAGACUCCCUGGUGCCCAUCGGCCGUGGGCAGCGUGAGCUGAUCAUCGGCGAUCGUCAGACCGGCAAGACCGCUCUGGCCAUCGACACCAUCAUCAACCAGCAGCGCUUCAACAAGGGCGAGGAUGAGAAGAAGAAGCUGUACUGCAUCUACGUCGCCAUCGGACAGAAGAGGUCCACCGUCGCGCAGAUUGUCAAGCGCUUGACUGAUGCUGGUGCCAUCAACUACACCAUCAUCGUGUCGGCGACGGCCUCCGACGCGGCGCCCCUGCAGUACCUGGCGCCGUACUCGGGCUGCGCCAUGGGCGAGUUCUUCCGCGACAACGGCAAGCACGCGCUCAUCAUCUACGACGAUCUGUCCAAGCAGGCCGUGGCCUACCGCCAGAUGUCCCUGCUGCUGCGUCGUCCCCCAGGUCGUGAGGCCUACCCCGGUGAUGUGUUCUACCUCCACUCCCGUCUGCUCGAGCGUGCCGCUAAGAUGUCCGACAAGAUGGGUGGCGGCUCCCUGACCGCGCUGCCCGUGAUCGAGACCCAGGCCGGCGACGUGUCCGCGUACAUUCCCACCAACGUGAUCUCCAUCACGGACGGCCAGAUCUUCUUGGAGACCGAGCUCUUCUACAAGGGCAUCCGGCCCGCCAUCAACGUCGGUCUGUCCGUGUCCCGCGUCGGUUCCGCCGCCCAGACCAAGGCCAUGAAGCAGGUGGCCGGCUCCAUGAAGCUGGAGUUGGCUCAGUACCGUGAGGUGGCCGCCUUCGCCCAGUUCGGCUCCGACUUGGACGCGGCCACCCAGCAGCUGCUCAACCGCGGCAUGCGUCUCACCGAGCUGCUCAAGCAGGGCCAGUACGUGCCCAUGGCUAUUGAAGAGCAGGUCGCCAUCAUCUACUGCGGUGUCCGCGGCCACUUGGACAAGCUGGACCCCACCAAGAUCACCGCCUUCGAGAAGGAAUUCACCGCCCACAUCAAGACCAGCCACCAGGCACUGCUGGCCACCAUCGCCAAGGACGGCCAGAUCACGCCUGAAUCCGACACCCAGCUCAAGAAGAUCGUCACCGACUUCCUGGCUACCUUCACCUCGUCUUAAACUAGCAUAUUAUUUAUAACCCGGGGUUGUACUGCGGUACAAGAAAUCGGCUGGCUCGCAGUACAACCUCGGGCUAGCGGCCGCCUACGGAAGCAUUGACGCACAAUGCUUCCGUCAGCAGCUCACGUAGUAUAACAUUCGUAUGGACUGUAUUGUAUGUGAAUACGAAUCAUGGAAUGUAUUUAUCUCUCGCAAUGUCAGGAGCAGGAGUAUUGGUUAUAUAAAAAUAUACGUCUUUAAAAAUG